AUGCCUAAGGGGGAUUCCAGGAAAAAGAGGCAGGGAAGUGAUAGUAGCAGGGAAAAACACAGCAGAACAAAGGGGGCAAAACAGCGGAGAGAAAAAUCCCCAUUUGACUCUAGUGAUGAUGAUGGAAGUAAAGGGGAAAGGACAAGAAGGAAAGGCGUAAGGAGUAGGUCUUCUUCCGAUGAAUCGGAAGAAGCGGAGAGGAAAAUUGCCACAUCACAUAACAAAACUAAAAGAGACAAAAUCAGAAGAAUAAGUCAGAAAAAGAAAUCACCACACCGUUUGGAUGAACAUUACACUAGUAGCAGCGCUGCAUCUUCCCCAAGAAGAGGGAAGUCCAGUUCGGAAGGAAGAAAGAGUGGGAGGAAGAAGGAAAAAAUGGACCACUCCAGGAGUAUGGAGGAAUACAGUAGCGUUGAUUCAGAGGACAAGUCGUCCCAAGGGGUAAGCCCAAGCACCUCCGGUUCGAGCGCUGACUCGGCCUCCGUCAGUCGUGGAAGAGGCCGUAGAGGAAGAAGUCAGGAGAAGCGAAAUGGAAAAAUGGUGAGAGAAAAAAGGGUAGGGAAUCGGCACAAAAGGGUAGAAGCGGAAGAAGUGGAAGAGGCCGAAGAAGCCGAGAGAGGUGUCGAUCCAGAUGAAGGCGAGUCCCAAGCCGGAGGUAUCCGCAAAGACAGCCGCCACAUCAGAGAAACGAUGACUGAGACGAAGAAGGAGAAAAUUAAGGGGAGAAAUAAAUCCAGCAGCGCUUCGUCAGAGGAUUCUGAUGAAUGUGCGCCCCAUGCGAAAAGAGGGAGGCAACUGAGGGAACACGAUAGAGGAGGCAAAAGGGGUAGGCGCGCAAAGGAUAAACACAAAUCAAGUGAUGAGGGACACCAUAGGAAGGAUGUUGAUAAAGGAAAAGUGAAAAACGGGAAUAGGAAAAGGAGGCGACAUCAUAGCAGCCGCAGUAGCGGAAGCAGCAGUAGCGAUGCCGGGGGAAGAUCUGAGGUGAAAAAACGUAUUCGACCUAAUGAGAGGCGAAUCGAUAAGAGAGAAAAUAGGACAAGCGCGUCGGCCAGCUCGGGGGACACCGACGUGGGGCGCAGAAUGACCAAGCGUGGCGAAACUAGUGACUCAAGGAGGAAUAAAAAGAGGGAUGGGAAGGACCACAUGUCUCAUGAGAGAAAGGAAAGACACAACGAUAAGAAGCCCGAAAGGGGAAAAAGAAGAAGGGAUGAUCGGUCGAUAUCAUCCAGCUCGGGAAGCAUACCAAGAAAGGAAAGGCAAGAUUCGUCGCGACGACGCAAAGAACGUGAUGCUUCAUCUGGCUCAGAUGAGUCGCGGGGGAGCUGUCGCUCCGGGGACGGGACAAGCAGCAGCGGAGGCGCCUUGGACAGGAGAAAAAGGAAGAGGGUGAAAGGCACCCGGGCGAGGAGCGGCAGCAGCAGCGAUGGUAAAAGCAAAAGCAGUGAUAGCAGCCGUGGAAGCAGUAGCAGCAGUAGCGAUGGCAGCUCGGUGAGCAUCUCGGUGAGCAGCUCCGAUGAAGGGAGGAAAGGGAAAAAGGGGUCCAAACCAGGUCGUAGGCUGACCCGCCAGGCGGAGAAACCGCGCAGCCUAGACGACACACACGACCCGGAGGUCCCGUUUGACCCCUUCGCGGAGGACCAGAACGGAAACCUUGAAAUUAACGAGGAGCUAAUCGAAUACGCGAAGCAAAAAAUCGCGAAUGUGACGACUGAGGAUAUAGGAAGAGCAGGAGGAGUGUACAUACCGCCCUUCAAGUUGGAGAGGCUGAAGAAGGAAAUAACGAACAAGAACAGCGUCCUCUAUCAGAAGCAAGAAUGGCUCAAAUUAAAAAAAAAAAUUAACAACAUAGUGAAUAAGGUCAAUGUGGAUAACAUAGGAGACGUAUGUUACGAAUUAUUCGAAUGCAAUUUGAUCCGAGGGAAGGGCAUAUUCAGUCGUGCAGUGAUCCAUGCGCAGCUAAGUUCCCCAGCAUUUACUCACGUGUUUGCAGCUUUAUUGUGCAUCGUCAAUUCAAAGUUUCCAACAAUAGGGUUACUCACCAUACAAAGAGUCAUCCUACAUUUUAGAAGGUCUUACAAAAGAAACGAUAAAAUAGUCUGUCUUAAUAGUGUAAAAUUUAUUGCACAUAUGAUUAACCAAAGAGUUCUUCACGAAAUUGUGGGGCUUCAGCUAUGCUCUAUACUUCUACAAAACAUAACGAAUGAUUCCGUACAGGUGUGUACAUACUUUUUAGCAGAGGUUGGACAACUGUAUAUGAAUAUAUGUCGCAAAGGAAUCGAUAUCAUUUUCGAUCGGAUAAAGGACAUUAUACAAGAGGGGAAGAUUAACAUAAAGACGCAAUACGAUAUCGAGAAACUGUGGAAUUAUAGGAAGAAUUAUUUUCGUGAUUUUCCUACCAUCCUUGAAGAUCUAGAUCUCAUUGAUGAAGAGGAGAAAAUCGUACACGAAAUUGACCUUCUGGAUGAGACUUUUGAGAAUCAGGAAGAGCUCAACAUCUUUAGGGAGGUGCCUCACGAGCAGUACGAGGAGGAGAAUAUCGAGUGGGACAAUAUUGCCAAGGAGUUGCUGCACGGAGAUGCCUCUGGCGGGGGAAGAAACAGAAGGGACAAAAGCGAUGGAAGUGCUGGAAGUGGUGGAAGCGACGGAAGAGAUGGAAGCGAUGGAAGAGACAGACACCAAAGAAGCGAUGGAAGUGACCAGAGCAGCACGGACUCGGAAAACGACCAGGGCGGGGCGCCCUCCCACAGUGAUAGCAGCGAUGGAAGUGGCCGUGCUGCUGCUGAUGAUGAUGCCGAUGACGGAGACGACCAGCCCAAAGAAGAAAUAACCGACAUGACAGAGCAAUACCUCAUCAAUCUCCGGAAAAACGUCUACCUAUCCAUCAUGUCCUCCCUUAGCUUCGAAGAAUGUGUCCACAAGUUACUAAAAUUAAACAUAAAAGAAGGAUACGAAAUAGAAAUAUGCAACAUGCUGAUCGACUGCUGCUGCAUGGAGAAGACGUUCCAAAAGUUCUAUGCCCUACAGGCAGAGAGGCUAUGUAAGCUAAAAACUAUUUAUCAGGAAAAUUUCCAAAAAUGCUUCCAGAAUUCGUAUAGUACGGCCCAUAGGUUGGAAACAGCCAAAUUGAGAAACUGUGCAAAGUUAUUUGCCCAUUUACUCUACACAGAUGCUGUUUCAUGGAGCAUUUUCGUCGACAUAAAACUGUCUGAGGAAGACACUACAUCGUCCACUAGAAUUUUCCUCAAAAUUCUGUUGCAGGAGUUGACUAACAAUUUAGGCAUGCAGGCAUUUUAUCACAAAAUUCAUCACCCUGCGAUUUCGCCCUUCAUGAGUGGUUUAUUCCCGGCCGACAAUGCUCAGGACAUUCGCUUUUGCGUGAAUUUUUUCACGGCCAUCGGCUUGGGCGCCCUCACCUCUUCGAUGCGGAAGUUGCUCCAGGGGUGA